GUAGAAUUUCAAUAACCAAUUUAAAAAUGAAUGAGCAAAGUCAAAACAAAUGUGGAAAAAAAGGUAAGAGGAAGGUAGAACACUGUGAUUUAGAAGGUUAUGAUGAAGUUAUAUGUGAUUAUGAAAAGAAUGUACAAAAAGAAACAACAUCAUUUAAAAAGGCACCUGAAAGACUAAUUGAAUAUUUUAAAUUAUCUGAGACAGCUGUAAUGUGUUAUCAUUGUUUAUUGGAGACUGAUUGUGAUUCAGAAUAUUUAGAAAAAGAAUUUCAAGAAUUGGAGACUGCAUAUCAUGAGGUGUGUGCAGAACUUGAUGAAGUAAAAUUAGAAAUGACUCCUCUUA